AUGACCAUCCGGAUUACCUCGCAGCUGCCAGACGGGACGGAAGUCGAGGUCGAGGCUGAGAGCGAGGACGCGCUGCGGGCUUUGGCUGCCAACCGUGACAACAAGCUGUGCUACGCGGCUGGUGCUGCAGCCGAGGUUGUGGCUCGCCGCGAGUGGGCCGAGGCCGGCGCGGCGCGGCAGCUGACAUCAGUGGAGAUUGCGGUAAGCGUGGCAGGCCUCCCGCUGGGCAAAGGGCUCUCGUCGUCGGCGGCGCUGUGUGUGCUGGUGGUGAAGGCGCUGGCCGCGGCUGCCGCCGUGGACUGGCCGCCGACUCUGGUGAUGGCCAUCGCGCACGCCGGCGAGCUCGCUGCGGGCUCGCCUUGCGGCCUGCUUGACCAGAUUGCACCCGCGCAUGGGCCGGGCGCGUAUCGCGUCGGGUUUGGUGGCGAAGGCAAGGUGACCGUGGAGCGGGUAGUCGUCGGCGGGCAGAUCGCGCUGGUGGUCAUUGAUCUUGGGGCAGCCAAGGACACGCGGGCGAUUCUUGAAGGACUACAGCAAGCGUAUCCCAAUGCACAGAGCGCUGCAGAUUGUGCAUUGCAUGCUCUGCUCUCAGACAAAGCCCGGGCGUUUGUGGCGGCAGCUGGCGACGCGCUAGUUGGCGGGGACGCAAGACGGCUGGGCAAGGUUCUUGUUGAGGCGCAGCAGGCGUUUGACGAGGUGGCGAUUCCGAUGGUGCCAAGCGAGCUCGCAGCGCCGGUGCUACAUGGCCUGCUGACGGAUGCGACGGUGGGCGAACUUGUGUGGGGCGGCAAGGGGGUGGGAUCGCAAGGGGACGGAUGCGCGCAGUUUGUGGCGCGGAGCGCCGAGGCAGCCGAGGCGCUUGUGACAUAUGUAGGCGAGACGUAUCCGAGCAUGAGUGGGCUAGUGCUUUGCCUCGAGGCCGAGUAG